AUAACCGUUAUGUAUGAUGGCAGCAGCGACUAAACCUUUCAUUAUCCAACAGAAUAUACAAUUUGCGUUUCGUUUUGCAAUAUUAUAGAGUUUAGGAAGACACGAAAAGUCAAAAUUGUUUGUUCUGAUUAUAUAUAAUGACAUACGCGAGAGAAUUGCAUGUUUCUACUAUUUUCUACAACUAUUCUAAACUAUUGUUCCUUUUAUUUUAAAUAUAAGUGCUGUUAUUCCAUAAUGUAUAAGAGCAGACUUCUGUAUGGUUAGAUUGCAAGUAUUUAAACCCAACUUGUCUCUAGUCUACUCUACUGACUACCGCACGAUAGUAACAUCUGCGGGCUUGAACACGCUCAGCUCAGCUCACCGCACCUGUAUGACUGCUGCUGUCUCACAGCCGAAUCACCAAUGUUGUAUGCGGAAUGAUAUCACUGUCAACAGUGAAAGUGGAAACAUUUUGUGAUGCCUGGGGUUGUUGUUGUUUGUUUUUACUUUACAGAUAUUUGCAUGUUGUAUGCUUACAGGAACAACCCGUGUCUUUACGACGUUUUAAACAGUGUUCGCUCUCUAGUGUCAUUGGAAAGAAGGACGAUUUUGUGGGCGCUUAUUGUGCACUAUUUUAUGGCGCGAAUGUAUCAGCGUUGAUUGCAAUAGUUGUUCGGCUCGGGCCAUCUUUGGGUGUCCUCAGCAGCCGCUGUUAACACCCAUCAGUAAAUGCAUGUUACAUCAAUUUAAAAGGCCUAAUAAAAAGCAUUGAUGCUUCCUGGCAGUUAUAGCCUACGGUGAAAAUAGACGGGGUUAAUACUCGAAAGUAGAAGAUUGCAUCACAAAAGGGUUUGUUUUAUUUUGGGAUAUUACAUUUUAGUGAAUUAAGUUGCAAAGAAAAACGAGACUGGAACCAACAUGGAUGAGGAAUAUGAUGUGAUCGUUCUAGGAACUGGACUUACGGAGUGCAUCCUCUCUGGGAUCAUGUCUGUGAAUGGGAAGAAGGUGCUGCACAUGGACAGAAACCCAUACUACGGAGGAGAGAGCUCCUCCAUCACUCCUCUGGAGGAGCUGUACAAACGCUUCGACCUACCAGACAGCCCCCCAGACUCUAUGGGGAGAGGAAGGGAUUGGAACGUGGAUCUGAUCCCUAAAUUUCUAAUGGCAAAUGGCCAGCUUGUCAAGAUGCUGCUCUAUACAGAAGUGACCAGAUAUCUGGAUUUCAAAGUGGUGGAGGGGAGUUUUGUGUAUAAGGGGGGGAAGAUCUAUAAAGUCCCCUCAACUGAAGCGGAGGCACUCGCUUCAAACCUUAUGGGAAUGUUUGAGAAGAGAAGGUUCCGGAAGUUCCUGGUCUUUGUGGCCAACUUUGAUGAGAACGACCCCAAAACCUUUGAAGGGGUUGAUCCCAAAAGCACCACAAUGGGGGAGGUGUACAAAAAGUUUGACCUGGGCCAGGAUGUCAUGGACUUCACGGGACACGCCCUGGCUCUCUAUAGAACUGAUGAUUACCUUGAGCAGCCCUGCCUGGAGACCAUAAAUCGUAUCAAAUUGUAUAGUGAGUCUCUGGCUCGUUAUGGGAAGAGUCCCUAUCUCUACCCACUCUACGGGCUGGGAGAACUUCCACAGGGCUUUGCCAGGUUAAGUGCAAUCUAUGGAGGGACCUACAUGCUGAACAAACCGGUGGAGGAGAUUGUGAUGGAAGGCGGGCACGUGGUGGGGGUCAAGUCCGAGGGAGAGGUGGCACGCUGCAAACAGCUCAUCUGUGACCCCAGCUACAUCCCAGAACGUGUCCAGAAGGUGGGCCAGGUGAUCCGCGUCAUCUGCAUCCUCAGCCAUCCCAUCGAGAACACCAACGAGGCCAACUCCUGCCAGAUCAUCAUCCCCCAGAACCAGGUCAACCGCUCCUCAGAUAUCUACGUGUGCAUGAUCUCGUACGCCCAUAACGUGGCGGCUCAGGGGAAGUACAUAGCCAUCGUCAGCACCACCGUGGAGACCGACUCCCCUGAGGCUGAAGUGGAGCCAGCACUGGACCUGCUCAAGCCUAUUGACCAGAAAUUUGUGGCCAUCAGUGAUCUGUAUGAGCCUACUGAUGAUGGAACCGAAAGCCAGAUCUUUGCCUCGGGGGCUUAUGACGCCACCACCCACUUUGAGACCACUUGCAACGACAUCAAGGACAUCUACAAGCGCAUGACAGGAACUGACUUUGACUUUGAGAAUAUGAAGCGUAAACAAAAUGAUGUGUUUGGCGAGGAUGAGCAGUAAGACAGGAGGGCCUGGAGUGGAGGUGGAGGGGGGGGGGGGGGGGGUGUCGAGGGUUCAAACUGGAUCGCCACAGAAGAUGUGGAGGUGGGGGAGGGGGGAGAGAUUCAGGUCAUUAUGAGAUUCCAUGAGGGCUGUGGUCCACUGGGUUGGAGUUCUGAUUGGAUGACGAGAUGGAAUGUUCUAGAAGGAUUAGUGAUAUCAGUCCCCCCCCCCCCCCCCCCCUCUUCCCUCAGGCACCUUUCAUCAGUCAGCUUGUCUCACACUUGUCUCACACACUGCACUCAUACAAUGGUUCAGCCGUUGGUCAUCACACUCUAUACAACCUCCGGUCUGCCACCGCUGCCCUCCUCCUGCCUCUGUGCGUGUGUGUGAGAGAGAGUGUGUGUGUGUGUGUGUGAGAAAGAGUUGUGCUUGUGCAGUCUCGAGGACUCUUUUGGUUCAUCACUGCUUUUAAAAACACGAUAUGCAAGUUUUCCCUUUCACUAGGUAUUUAAAUCGCUUCUUACUUGCUGGCCUUGCUUCACACUUGCAUUUAGCAUCAGUGUGUCUGUCAUCGCCGAACACAAACACACACUUCCUUUUUAAAUGUUUCCUGUGGAACUCUGUGGCCUCGGAAUUGUUCUCUAAACUCUUUCACAGCUCACCUCGGAGUAAUGGUAGUGAUAACUCGUUCCGUUUUGGAGCCAGAUGUAAUUGUUCUAAUCUGAAAGGCCUAGCUGCCACAUGUUAGGGAAGUGUCACUUCACCACUAUGUUGUCUCUCCUCAAUAAGUUUAUUUAUUUAAAUUAAACUAUUAAAAUAG